ACAUGUAAGUAUCGAUAGUGACAUCGAUGAAUUUGCAGCUCCAGCUUCUUGUGUUUUGCCAAACAUUGUUUGGCUAAAAUUACAAACCCUCCAAAAACUACAUUAAAUUUAGCAUAGUCUAUAGUAAAUACAGGAAUGUUCUGCUGUUUGCGCACCUGCCUCAACGGCGGACACCUGAGAAAGCCAGUAGCCGCGGCCAGUCGCCUCCGGGAGCCCGAUGUCCACCUGGACGCAGCACAUAUGGGAGCUGAUGUGAUUCUGCUGUCGCAUCAGCUACGCGUUACGGGCACCGGAGGCGUCCUGGCUACUGCCCCUUUAGUCCAGUCAAAGUCUUACUUCGAGGUGAAGAUCCAGCAAGGCGGCAGCUGGUCCGUGGGACUGGCCACCCGCCAAACGGACCUCAGUCGCAAGUGCGGCGGCGGAGACCGCGAGUCCUGGUGCCUGUGUUCAGACAAUGCCACGCGCCACAACGACCAGGAGGAGUUCCGACCAGUGGUGCAAGCAGCUUGCACUACCCAACCGUCGAAGACAACCAAUGGCAUCCUGAACAGCAGUGCUGCAAAGGCCGCGGGUCUCAUUGCCAUCGAAGAUCUGCAGCAGGAGGACCUGCUUAUGACCACCGGCGUGGCUUCGCCCGAUGUGGGGAUUGGCGAUUCCUUGAUAGCACCGCCGCAGCGAGAUUUUCCCGACGAGGGCGAUAUCGUGGGAGUUGCCUUCGAUCAUGUGGAAUUGAAUUUCUACUUUAAUGGGAAGAAUCUGGAGGUUCCCUUCAGGAACGUGAGAGGAGCAGCUCUUUUUCCCGUAAUUUAUGUUGGCAAUGGGGCUAUCUUGGACAUAAUCCUGGAUAACUUCUCGCAUGGUCCACCGCCUGGGUUCGAGCGUAUUCUGUUGGAGCAGUCACUCCUUUAGAUAGCAUCCCAAACCAAAAGUCUUGAACAAAUUAGCAGCUUCAGAACAAAAAAAGUUGAAAAAAAUAAUAGAUGAACAGUGUGUUUUAGGACUAUAGGGCAGGAAAAUAAUACCGGGCAUCAAGGCCUUAUAAUAUGUUUUACUUAAAAACAUUUUUUACUUUAAUUUUACUCGCUCUUUUAGUUAAUUUAUUCAGAUAACCAAGUGAUGGGAUUUAUAGAAAAAACCUAUAUUUUACUUUCUCUGGUCAGUUUAAUUUUAUUAAAAGCAUAAAUCAAUUUCUAAAAUAAAGUUAUGGCCAUAGUUACCCCUGUCUAGUCACCAAAUAUUGUAAAUCAAAGUAAACUAAAAAGGUAUUCAGAAAUGUCCCAAAUAGGAACUGAGAUUUUCAAGCUGAACUUAAAUAUAAAGUUAAUAAAAUAAUAUAAAAUGUUUAACUAUUUGACUGUCUUAUAGUUGUGAGAUGCACUGCUUUCAUUGUUUAGGCAUCACGUGUAUAAACUUUGUAACCACUCUAGUCCUUGCACUCCCCAAAUCGAAAAGUAUUGUUUUAUUUAUUAAAUCUUUGUAAAUUACUUACGUAGCUUGACCUCGCGACUGCUUUUGUAUUAUACACAAACACACAUAUAUCUCGGUAGAUAGAUACAGAUGCAUUUUUUAUAGGGCGACCUCCUAAUCUUCUCUCACAUUCCAAUUUACAAUGGCCAUGGACCAGUCCAGCAACGUAUUCGAGCACGGAAUUACCUAAAUAACUAUAAGAGUAUAUCUAUAUAUCUAUGAAAUUGUAUCUAAAUGUAUCUAACGCUUUGAAAACUGAAUAAUCCGCGCGCGGACAAUAAAUCUGUGUUACGUAAACAAA